AGAAUUCAGUCAUUGGAGAUAUCAAGAGAUAGUUUACCCUGUAGUUUAAUAAUGGUCAGAAAUCAUGCUGGAAAAUCAGAGGUCAUAGGUCAUGCUAAAAUAAUGGAAGCCCAGGGUGUAGACAAGGCUUGUUAUAUUGAAAGUGUUUUUAUAAGAGAGGAUUUGAGAGGGAAAGGAUAUGGAAAGAAAAUUAUGCUGGAAGCUGAAAAAUAUUCUUCAGGGAAAGGUUUUAAACAGAUGUUUCUCAAUACCUUAGAUAAACAAGACUUUUACAGCCAUCUUGGAUAUAAACUAAGUCAUCCUGUUCUAACAUUAGGAGCUAAUGCUCAUAGAAUACCUCAAGCUAUGGUAAGAAAGGACUGUUGA